AAAAAAUAUACAUGAAAUUAACAAACAUUUUACAAAUUACAAUUUUAUUACUUUUAUUUUUAAUAUUUAUAAAUUAUUUUCUUGUUUAUAAUCAACAACAAAAAUGUUUAGAUAAAAUCAACGAUAAUCAAAUAUCCGAACAAAAUGUUGAUAGGAAAAUCUAUUUCAUUACACCAACUUAUUCACGUCCUGUACAACAGGCUGAAUUAACCCGUCUGUCGCAUACAUUAUUAUUAGUACCAAAUCUACAUUGGAUUUUGGUUGAAGAUAGUGAUCAAAAAACUUCUUUUAUUACAGAAUUUCUGCAACAAAUAUUACGAAUGAAAAUUUAUAAAAAUUUCCGAUAUACUCAUCUGAAUGUUGAAACACCAAAAUCAUUUCGUACGAAUAAUCAAUUGGAUCCAAAUUGGCUUAAACCAAGAGGUGUUUGGCAAAGAAAUGAAGCAUUACGAUGGUUAAGAGAAAAUUUAACCGAUAUAGUAAUUGAAAAAGGAAUUGUUUAUUUCGGUGAUGAUGAUAAUACAUAUGAUUUAAGAUUAUUCGAAGAAAUUCGUAAUACUCAAAAAGUAUCAGUUUUCCCCGUAGGAUUAGUCGGAGGUCUGAUGGUUGAAAAACCUUUGGUUAAAAAUGGAAAAGUUAUUGGAUUUAAUUCCAUAUGGAAACCUAAAAGAAAAUUUCCAAUUGAUAUGUCUGGUUUUGCUAUCAAUUUACAAUUGAUCCGAGAGAAAAAUGAUGCAUAUUUUUCACCAUAUGUGCCACGUGGUUAUCAAGAAACACAUUUGUUAACACAAUUUAUUCAUUCGAUUGAUGAUCUUGAACCAAGAGCUGAUUUAUGUACAAAAACAUUGGUUUGGCAUACAAGAACUGAAUUGCCAAAAUUGAAGAAAAUAAAAUUAAAAACCUAAUUAUUUAUGAAUCUAAAAAUUUUGAUAAUAAUCCAAU